AUGUUCUUCAGCGCCUUCUUCCUCCUCUUCAAUACCCUCACGCAGCCCUCGCCUACCCUCGCUCUUGGCUCAGACACCCGCCUAUAUGGCCCUGGCUCCAAGAUCCUGGCUUCAGCCCAAGCACCUUCCGAGCUGUAUUCAUCCCUGGUCCAGCAGAAAGUCCUCAAGACAGCCCAAGCGGAGCCCGACCCAGCUCAGUACCCGCAGUACACGGACCGGACCCAGGGCGAAUGGCAAUACUUCGUUCCCGACACGUGGACGACGGGGUUCUUCCCCGCGACGCUGUACGAGCUCAACACACGCGCGACGCUAUGUAACCUCACGGGCCAGCCGGACUGGGUGGGCAUGGGGAGGCAGUGGGCGGCGGCCGAGGUGCCGCUGGAGACGAACACGACUGUGGGGCACGAUGUGGGGUUUCUGAGUUUUCCGUUUGCGCAGGAGAUGCAGAUCAAUCCGUCGAACCAGACUGCGAAAGAUGCUGUCAACGCGUUCGCAACUGCCCUUGCAGCGCGCUUCAAUCCCGUCGUAGGCUGCACCCGAAGUUGGGACACGCCGAACAAUCCGACCUUGUUCCAGGUUAUCAUUGACAACAUGAUGAAUCUCGAGGUGCUAUUUGUGUCGGAAUCACUAACGGGGAACACAACUCUACGAGACAUCGCGAUCUCGCAUGCGAACAAGACGAUGGAGAACCACGUUCGACCAGAUGGUUCUUCUUUCCAUCUCGUGGAAUACAACUCCACUACUGGUGCGGUUAUUGACCGAAUCACCGCACAAGGCUACGCGGACAAUAGCACAUGGAGCCGCGGGCAGGCAUGGGGCGUGUAUGGCUUCGCGAAUAGUGCGUGCCGAUGUUCGUCCUCACUCAUCCUUCUUUGUACAGUGUAUUACCACACAAACGACACACGGUACCUCGAGACCUCCCGUGCUAUGGCCACGUAUUUCGUGAAUAACUUACCUUCUGACGGGAUUGUGCCUUGGGACUUCAAUGCGCCUCUGGAUCCACCCCGUCCGGCCGAUACAUCUGCUGCGACGAUCGUCGCUACUGGUUUGCUCUUACUUGCACGCCAGGAGUUGUCGCUCUCGCCUGCAAACACGACUGGCGCAACGUACUGGAGCAACGCCGCCAUGAACAUUCUCUCAAAUGCCACUCAAUUAGCAUGGCGCCCUGAUUGGCAAAGCCUGCUCUCAAACGGCACGGUGAAUAACCACUACCCAUCGGCGAACAACGACACGGGGAUCGUAUAUGGUGAUUACUACUACAUCAAGGCUGGGAACGACCUGGUGCAGAUGGGCCUCGCAACGUGCUCGCAAGAUGCUUCGAGCCCCGGUCCAGGUUCAGGCCAGACGAGCGGCGCGAGGAGCAGAUGUCCGCCAUGCGCAUGGGCUCGGAGUCUGCGCAGGAUGCUGGGGCGCAGUUCGUAG